AGUGGUCGCGAGCGUAAAAGUGCGCGCCCCGGCUCUAAAACGGUAACAGGAAGGAAGAAGACCAUGCGAGAUCAGAGAACCCUGGAUGAGAACAGGACAAGUUCAGAGUCUUUUAAUUGUAUCUGAGGAAGGGCCAGAACAAGAACUAUUACGGUGUUCAGCUAUAUUACAGUACAUAUUCCCCACUCCCCUGUAUAACUUGACAGUAUAACACCUCCCACCAUGCCAUUGAUUGUGCUGCCCACCUCCCAGCUGCUGUGGGUGCGUGUGGCUGCACAGUUGUUCUCCUGCGUGGCCUUCAGUGUGGUGGCCCGUGAGGCCUCUCUCUCCCAUGGGUUAGCAGACUGGUGUGUGUUCUGUUGGGCCUUCAGCUUCUCCAUGACCCUGCUGAUACUGCUGGUGGAGCACUUUGGCCUCCAGGCCCGAGCCCCUGUCUCCUGGAAAAACUUUCCCAUCACCAUGGCCUGCUACGCCACCCUGCUCUGCUUCUCCGCCUCUGUCAUCUUCCCUGUCUACUUCCUCAAGGGCCAGCAGAACCACGGGGAGGCCCGGGACAGACGCAUCGCCUCCACCGUCUUCUCCUGCCUGGCCACCGUGGCCUACCUGUGGGAGGUGACCCUGACGCGGGCGCAGCCGGGCGAGGUGGUGGGCUACAUGGCCACGUCUCCAGGCCUGCUCAAGGUGUGCCAGACCUUCGUGGCCUGCAUCAUAUUCAUGCUGGUCAGCGACCCGGUGUCGUACGAUCAUCACGCAGCGCUCAAGUGGUGCAUGGCGGUCUACUGUGUCUGUUUCAUCCUGUCGGCAGCUGUGGUGGUGCUGUGUGUCGGGGAGUGUACCGGCUUUCUCCCGUUCCCCUUCGCACGCUUCCUGUCAGCCUAUGGCCUGCUGGCUGUUGUCAUGUACCUGACCGCCACCAUCAUCUGGCCCGUGUUCCAGUUUGACAAGAGUUACAGCCACAUCCAAACCCGGCAGCAGCCAACACUGUUGAUGGUUGCAGUUCUCACCGCUCUCAACUUCCUGCUCUACCUGGCAGAUCUGGCUUACUCUGCACGCCUGGUUUUUGUCAGUGUGUGAGGGAGGAGGGGGAGAGAUUGGAAGGGAAGGAGAGGGAGGUGGGACAAAAACUACUGUGUAUAAUUAAUUCAGUUGUGAAAGUAUUUCUGCGUUGCCUUUAUCUUCAACAAGCAUCUCUUCAAAGGGGAUGACACUCUAGACCCAAACUGUUAUAGACCUAUAUCCAUGCUGCCCUGCCUUUCUAAAGUCUUCAAAAGCCAAGUUAAUAAACAGAUCACUGACCAUUUCGAAUCCCACCAAACCUUCUCCGCUGUGCAAUCUGGUUUCCGAGCUGGUCACAGGUGCACCUCAGCCACGCUCAAGGUACUAAGCGAUAUCAUAACCGCCAUUGAUAAAAGACAGUACUGUGCAGCCGUCUUCAUCGAUCUGGCCAAGGAUUUUGACUCUGUCAAUCACAAUCACCACAUUCUUAUCGGCAGACUCAACAUCCUUUGUUUCUCAAA